CUUCGGUCGGUCGCAAGCAUUUCGCUGUCAAGAACAGCCAUCACACGUACGAAUAAUCCGCGGAAUAGUGCAGUUGAUACAUGGAGACACAGUGUUUGUCAAGUUAGUUUGUUUACGCGUGUUUAUUUUCGGUUGAAUCAGGUUUUUCGUGGUUUUUGCGUCUGUGAAAAGGUAGAUGAAGGUAACAAGAUGUCCAGAAAUCACAAGGACAAAUAUGAAAGUUCAAGUUCGCGUCGUGCCCACUCAAUUAUGUCUACUGAGGAAGCUAAUUCCGGGAAGAAAUCUCAUUGGCCGGAAUUGGAGAUAACAGGGAAUGUUAAAAAUUUAAGCCCUAGUUUAUGGCAACUCAAACAUCUGACUGCGUUAUAUCUCAAUGACAAUAGCCUGCAAAGGAUACCCAUUGAAAUAGGACGUUUAUCUAAUUUAAAAGUAUUGGAUUUGAGUAAUAACAAAUUACGGAGCUUGCCAUCUGAGCUUGGGGACCUUAUCAACCUUAAAGAGUUAUUGUUAAACCAGAAUUAUCUUCGCGUAUUGCCGUAUGAGUUAGGGAAGUUAUUUCAGUUACAAGUGUUAGGACUCCAUGGAAAUCCGCUCAGCAAGGAAAUGAUGGCGUUGUAUGGUGAACCCCAAGGAACUCACAAGCUGUUGUCAUUCAUGCUCGACAAUUUACAAGUAACAGCAAAUCCGCCUCCCCAGCGACCCUGGAUCCCCUUGACGAGGCCGAACAGGACGAGACCAACAUGCAUUUUCACAGUGAUGUGCUACAACGUUCUCUGCGACAAGUACGCCACCCGACAGAUGUACGGCUACUGCCCCAGCUGGGCCCUUGAAUGGGAGUACCGCAAGAAAGGAAUCCUUGAGGAAAUACGUCACUAUUCAGCGGAUAUCAUCAGCCUCCAGGAGGUCGAAACGGACCAAUUCUACAAUUUCUUCCUCCCGGAGUUGAAGCGCGAAGGCUACGACGGAAUUUUCUCCCCGAAAUCUAGGGCUAAGACCAUGGCAGAAAACGAUCGGAAGUACGUCGACGGGUGCGCCAUCUUUUACAGAACAGCUAAAUUCACGCUUAUCAAAGAGCACCUCGUGGAAUUCAAUCAACUCGCGAUGGCCAACGCCGAAGGCUCGGACAACAUGCUGAACCGCGUUAUGCCCCGGGAUAAUAUCGGAUUAGCAGCUCUUUUACGGACUACUGAAGCUGCUUGGGACAAUGGAAUACCAUCGGAUCCAGCACAAAUUCAACAGCCGAUAUUAGUAUGCACUGCACAUAUACACUGGGAUCCGGAGUACUGUGAUGUUAAAUUAAUUCAAACAAUGAUGCUGAGCAAUGAAUUACGCUCGAUGCUAGAACAAGCCAGUCAAUCAUUUCGCCCUGGUCACAAACCUGACGCUUCUAAUGUCCAAUUGCUACUAUGCGGUGAUUUUAAUUCUUUGCCUGACUCUGGAGUUAUCGAGUUUCUUACAUCAGGACGCGUCGCAUCAGAUCACCGCGACUUCAAAGAACUGACUUACAAAUCGUGCUUACAGAAAAUAUCUGGGUGCGAUAAGCCCAAUGAGUUUAUCCAUUCAUUCAAGCUCGCUUCUGCUUAUAGUGAAAACAUUAUGCCCUACACUAAUUAUACGUAUGAUUUCAAGGGUAUAAUAGACUACAUUUUCUAUUCGAAAUUGAAUAUGACUCCGUUAGGUAUUCUAGGACCAUUAAGCGCCGAUUGGUUUAGAGAAAAUAGUGUUGUCGGAUGCCCUCACCCUCAUAUACCAUCAGAUCAUUUUCCGUUGCUAGUUGAGCUAGAAAUGACACCGCAGGGAACUAGCAAUGGCUUGAUAUCACGUAGGUAGCAGCAGCCAACGUAAUCUAGGCCAAAAUAAUAACAGCAACAAUGAUUAACGAUAAUAAAUAAAGGAACGUUUUAAUUAAUAACUCAAUAGCGUAAUGUCCGAUAACUCACUUACAUUCUGGCUCUAGAACAUUUGCAAUUUAUCAAAUAAUAAUAUUAAUAUUAAUAAUAAUAAUAAUAUUAAUGAUGAAGAUAAUAAGUAAAAAAUGAUUAUUAAUUGAUAAAUAAAGUAAUAGGUGAUGGGAGCAGUUGUAAUGCGUUUAGCCCAUGUAUAGUGUAUUGUAUUUUAAACUAAGUAACUGACAAUUUAUUAAUUAAUCUCAGAAUAUCAUUUAACGUAAUUAAUUGUCUAUAAUGAUUAAUGAUAUGCGAUCAGGUAAUUGUAGAUACCUAUUUUCCUACCAAAUAAAAAAAUAAAAAAAAAAAAAAAGU